GCUGCCGUGGGUGGGUGAUGCGCUGAUACUCUUGAUGUCAAUAAGGAGGUUGAUAAAAAUCAAUUGGCGGUGACUGACAAGUGGUCUCUUUUCUUUUACUCGGUGUCUUUUUGACUUGGCUGCUUCACAAUGGCCCAAUCCAGUCAUCGUGAUGACUUCUUUCAAACCACAGCUUCCCUUGAUGAGCAAAAACGCAAGGAUGCCAAGUCACAAAACACCAAUGGAAACCCGAUCCGGCUUCAGAGCAAGAUCCUGGCUGUCGCGGCCGAUCCGUUGAGCACAAAUGCUGUAUUCGUGGCCCAGAGUGGUGGAACAGUGCGCAAGGUCAUCCUCGAAACCGGAGAAACCGCUGCCGUCUAUAAGGGUCCAACCGCACCGAUUACGAGCAUUUGCUUCUCACCCAACGGUCGCUUAUUGUUUGCUGGGUGCUGGGACAAGACCGUCUGGAGUUGGGAUGUGACUACAAAAGAACCCAAGCUGCGAUACGAAGGCCACACUGAUUUUGUACGGUCUGUUAUCAGCACGAGGUUGCGUGGACAGGAUGUUCUGGUCUCCGGCGGAGCGGAUGCACAGAUACUAGUGUUCGACAUUGCGACUGGGCAACGACUGGCCGUGAUGAAAGGCCAUGUUAAGGGCAUUCAAGAUUUGGCCCUGGAUCCCAUUUGCAUGGACUCGGAUGGACCAGAGUUGGUUGUGUUCAGUGCCGGGAGUGACCGGGAAAUCCGCCAAUUCGAUAUCUCGAGUGGCAGCAAAGAUCUAACCGGUACCCCUGCCAUCCUCGCCCAUGAGACCAAUGUACACAAGUUAUUCUUCGACCAAGAUGCCGACCUCUGGACCGCAUCGGCUGACAAGACCACCAAAUGCCUGAGUCGAGACGAAGGCUGGAAACCCAACACGACUCUGGAACAUCCCGACUACGUGCGUGAUGUGGUGAUAUAUGAACAAGGAGGCUGGGUGGUCACAGCGUGCCGUGAUGAAGAGGUCCGAGUAUGGAAUCGAUCGACCGGAAAGCUUUACCACACUUUCUCUGGACACUACGAAGAAGUGACCGGGCUAGUGCUAGUGGGCACGACAGUCGUCAGUGUCAGCAUUGAUGCUACUAUCCGACAGUGGCCGUUGAAACCCGAUGAGCUGCAGACGGCAGUAGCCAUGGCACAAAAGACCUCUACCGAGGAAGAAGAGCAGCCCACCAACUCCGGGUCAAUGCUCACCGAAGAAGAGGAGCGGGAGCUGGCUGAGCUCAUGGGCGAGGAUUAAGAUAGAAAAUGACGCGUCACGACUGAUACAUUAAAGCGAUACGACUAAUGCG